AUGCCUUUUUUCAGGCAGAAGUUGAGCCUCAUGCUCAUUCUCUCAACAAGUCUGCUGGUAAUUUCCGCUUUCAACUAUGGCUUCAGCGAUCAAGCUUUUGCAUCAUGUCAGGCUAUGGACGCGUUUGAACGGCAAUUCGGGUAUUAUAACGAGAAGGCCGAUGUGUGGAAAUUACGCCCUUUGUUUACAUCGCUGUACAACAGUCUCAAAGCUGGCGGGCAAAUCAUCGGUGUGUUCCUCGGUGGAUAUAUCAGCAAUAAGUAUGGCCGGCGAAUGUGCAUAUCUGUCAUGAGCAUAUAUGCCCUAGGAAGUGCCUCGGUGGUGAUAAGUUCGCGAACAGAUGCUCAAAUACAAGCUGGCAGAGCAUUGCAUUAUGUCUACCUGGGUAUGCAAAUGGCGGUAAUUCCAACAACAUUGACCGAACUAGCCCCGGCUAAAGUUCGCGGUGGAAUGGGAGUGUUGUACUGGCUGAGCAUCAAAGUCGGCGGUCUAGUUGUCACAUCAAUCACCCGUGGAACAUCCAGUAUCCAUUCAAACGUAGCCUGGCAAAUACCCUUUGGCCUCAUUCUAGUUGUACCAUUCCUGAUCAGCUGGUCGAUUUGGUUCGUGCCCGAAUCCCCCCGGUGGCUUCUCCUUCGAGGUCGACAUUCCGAAGCUCUUGCGUCUUUGACUCGACUUAAGCCCGACGAUACUCCAGAGGAGAGUAUCCGAGAGGAGUUUGAAAUUAUUUCUCAGAAGGUUGACCACCAGCUUGAGAAGAAGGGCUUCCGCGAUCUGUUCAUGCCACAGAAUCGACAACGCACUUUCGUCGUUGUUGCUGCGAAUUUCUUUCAACAAGCCACUGGCCAAGCCUUCGCUUCGCAGUAUGGCACUCUUUUUGUUAAGCAAUUGAAGUCUGUCAACGCAUUCAGCGUUACUCUGGGCACUAAUGCCGUCGACAUUGGGUCUAUCGCUAUCUCUGGGUCCCUUAUUGAUCGUGUCGGACGUAGAACAAUGUUCCACAUCAGUUCGACCAUGCAAACAGCAGCAUUGAUGACAAUGGGUGCAUUAGGAACUGCGGACUCGAGCGACCUGGCGGCCAAACGAGGAAUCGUGGCCAUGUUGGUGAUAUACAGCUUUAGCUGGUCUCUCGGCUGGGCGCCGCUGACUUAUGUGCUUGGUGCAGAGCUUCCAUCAUCCCCUCUGCGGGAGAUGACUUUGCAGAUUGCCUAUUUCGUGAAGCUUAUUACUGAAUUCGCCGUGACAUUUUCAUACCCGUACAUGGAAACUGCGGACACGCCUGGGCAUGUGUAUCUUGGUGGUAAGCUGGGCUUUAUCUACGGAUCCCUCUCGGCAGUGGCUGUUUUGUUUGGAUUCUUCUUCAUUCCAGAGACUAGUCGUCUAGAGCUUGAGGAUAUUGAUAGAAAGUUUGAGAUACCCACCAAUGAUGUUCUCAAGUCUGUCGAAGACCAAAGCGACACGCGACAACCAACGAUAGCGGAAGUUGUCUGCAAGCAAACGAACUAA